UAUUUGUAGAGCCUAGAGGUAUAUUGUAGAGAUAUAUCUUUUUAUCAAAUACAAAAAGUAUAAUUAAUUGUAAAAUAAGAGUAAUGGUCAUACUAACAGUCUAAAGUGAAUUUCUUGUAAAGAGUAAUAAGUGUAAUUUGAAUGUCUAGAUCAGGGUCUUUGAUAUCACAACUCAUAAGUCAUACCUCUUCCAAUUUUACCACUACCAGAUUGAAAUGAAAAUUAAGAACGGAUUCAAAAUUUAAAGUUAGUGAAAUAUUAUUCAAGCUUUGGAUAUAAAGUUAUCUUUAUUAUUUGUUUUAUUCAACCGUAGACUUUUUUCGAAAUAAUUCCACGUUUAAUUAGGUCCCAACGUGGAUAACGAAUAAUGCAUACCGGGUGGCUAUGAUUUGGGGUCAUUGAACCAUAUGGAAAAUGCAAGAAAUUGGGAGUGAGUAUUAUGGGGCGGCAAAUGAUAAGUUUGAUAAAUUAUUGAUCAAUCAAAUAGUAUUUUUGUACAGCUAAUAUUAUAUUUACAACUCCAUAAAUACCCCAUCACACUUCACUAAACUUCACCACACAUCCAAAUAUACAAACAUUAUAAUUUCUUGCUUAAAAAUGCCUAAAGACGUUGAAGUUGGCACUGAAUAUGCACCAAAGGACUACCAAGAUCCACCUCCAGCACCCUUAAUUGAUCCUGAAGAACUUGGUAAAUGGUCUUUUUAUAGAGCCAUUAUUGCUGAAUUCAUCGCCACAUUGUUAUUCCUCUAUAUCACUGUCCUUACUGUAAUUGGCUACAAGAGCCAAAGUGCCACUGACCAAUGUGGUGGUGUCGGCAUUCUUGGAAUUGCUUGGGCCUUUGGGGGUAUGAUAUUCGUACUUGUUUAUUGCACUGCUGGUAUUUCUGGUGGACACAUUAACCCUGCUGUCACAUUCGGGCUUUUCUUGGCCCGAAAAGUAUCGUUGGUUCGGGCCAUUAUGUACAUUGUGGCUCAGUGUUUAGGAGCCAUUUGUGGUUGUGGGUUGGUCAAGGCUUUUCAAAAGGCUUACUAUUUUAGGCAUGGUGGUGGUGCUAAUACAUUGAAUGAUGGAUAUAGCACUGGUACUGGUUUGGGUGCUGAGAUUAUUGGCACUUUUGUUCUUGUUUACACCGUCUUUGCCGCUACUGAUCCUAAGAGAAACGCCAGAGACUCUCAUGUUCCUGUAUUGGCACCACUUCCAAUUGGAUUCGCGGUGUUCAUGGUUCACUUAGCAACAAUACCUGUUACUGGAACUGGUAUUAAUCCUGCUAGGAGUUUUGGGGCCGCUGUUAUUUAUGGCAAAGACAAAGCCUGGGAUGAUCAAUGGAUAUUCUGGGUGGGACCCUUUAUUGGUGCUGCAAUUGCUGCAUUUUACCAUCAAUUUAUCUUGAGGGCUGGAGCUGUUAAAGCACUUGGUUCAUUCAGAAGCAAUGCAUAAUCAUAUCAAGAAUUUCUAGUUGGGAGGCCUAUGAAAAAUGGAGUCAAAUUAAAGAAUGGUCAAAAUUUCCCACUUAAUAUGGGAUAUGAUGCAUUCCAUUCAAGAAACUGUAUAUAAGUAUUUGGGAGAAGUCUUCAAAUUAUGUUUUCUUAUGUUAUUAGAGUUGUCUUGGCUAUUUGGCAUUUUUUAAAAAUGUGCCAAACAUCGUCAUUGCUGCUUUUCUAGUUGUUUCCCUUUCUUUUUUGUGUGUGUUUAUGUAAUUUUCAAUAUGCUUGAUUUGGGCAUCCAAAUAAUGGAAUGAGCAAGGCUAUAUUAGCUAUUUAUCUUUCA